GCCCGCGACCAGGGGAAACUUGGCUCGAAACUCACGCCCGCCGAGGCACCCGCGGCUGCACCGGCGCUCCCGGGUCUGCGGGUGCCGGCCCCGCUCGCUGCCCUGCCCGCCUGGGCCGAGCGGAGAAAGUUUCCCGGCAGGAGGCUGGGCGGGGGCGGGCGGCGCGGCGGGCGCUGCCGCAGUGAGUGCGCCGAGCCCGGGUUGUGCCGGCGGCGGCAGCACCGGGAGCGAGCGGUCCCGCCGCCCGCAGGGCGAUGUGAGGCUCGGGGACAGCGUCGGCUGCCGAAGGCUUUAGGUGUUACAUGCGUCCGCUAACCUUCUCCAAAAUGGAUUUUAGUCAGAGCAAUCUGUUCGGAUACAUAGAAGACCUGCAGGAACUAACUAUUAUAGAGAGGCCAGUACGCAGGAGCCUGAAGACACCAGAAGAAAUAGAAAGAUUGACAGUUGAUGAAGAACUCAGUGAUAUUGAAAGGGCUGUUUAUCUACUCAGUUCUGGUCAGGAUAUCCAAGGAACAAGUGUGGUGGCAAAUCUUCCGGUCUUGAUGCGACAGAAUCCUGCUGAAACACUUCGUCGGGUAUUACCAAAAAUCAGAGAGGUUCUGCAUGUUGCAGGAGUGGAAAUGCAGUUAACAGCUGCUGUUUCAUUUUUGACUGUUCUGCAAGAGGAGUCGGUGUCCAUUCAUACAUACUCCCACUCCUUCCUACACAUCAUUCUCCAGAACCUGGAACACAGAGAUGCAGGUGUCAGCAAUGCAUGGUUAGAAACUCUUCUUGCUGUAAUAGAAGCUUUACCAAAAGAAACUGUCAGGCACGAGAUCCUGAAUCCACUUGUUUCCAAAGCACAGCUUUCUCCAUCAGUUCAGUCCCGUUUAGUUAGUUGUAAAAUCAUGGGAAAAGUAGCUAACAAAUUUGAAGUCCAUAUUAUUAAAAGAGAGGUUCUUCCGUUGGUGAAAUCACUGUGCCAGGAUGUGGAAUAUGAAGUUAGAACUUGCAUGUGUCGGCAACUGGAACAUGUGGCUCGAGGAAUCGGGACAGAACUAACAAAAACUGUGGUGCUUCCUGAAUUAGUAGAACUGGCAAGAGAUGAGGGCAGCAGUGUCCGCCUUGCAGCUUUUGAGACAUUAGUGAAUCUGCUUGAUAUGUUUGAUGCAGAUGACAGGAGUCAAACUGUUCUCCCAUUAGUGAAAUCGUUCUGUGAAAAAUCCUUCAAAGCAGAUGAAUCUAUCCUAGUUUCUUUAUCUUUCCAUUUAGGGAAACUGUGUAAUGGAUUAUAUGGCAUUUUUACUCCUGAACAGCACUUACGGUUUUUGGAAUUUUAUAAGAAACUUUCCACACUGGGUUUACAGCAGGAGAAUGGACACAAUGAUAAUCAACUACAACUUCAAACUCUGGAACAGGAAAAGAAGUAUAUUUCAGUGAGGAAGAACUGUGCUUACAAUUUCCCAGCCAUGAUUGUUUUUGUGGAUCCAAAGAACUUCCAUUUAGAACUGUAUUCUAUAUUCUUUUGCCUUUGUCAUGACCCUGAAGUUCCUGUCAGAUAUACUAUGGCCAUAAGCUUCUUUGAGGUUGCUAAGCUUUUAAAUUCUGAUGUGUAUACAAUACAUAAAGAACUGGUUGCGUUAUUACAGGAUGAGUCACUGGAGGUGUUAGAUGCCCUAGUAGGUCACCUUCCUGAAAUCCUUGAACUAAUGGCUAACAGAGGAGAAAACAAUGGAUCAGAAAGCAAGUUACUCUCUAUUCCUGACUUGAUUCCUGCAUUAACAACAGCAGAACAGAGAGCAGCAACUUCAUUAAAAUGGAGAACUCACGAGAAGUUACUACAAAAAUAUGCAUGUCUCCCUCAUAUCAUAUCAAGUGAUCAGAUUUAUUACCGUUUUCUUCACAGAAUGUUGACAAUCAUUUUGACAAAUAAUGUCCUGCCAGUCCAAAAAGCAGCUGCUCGAACUCUCUGCGUUUAUUUGCGUUACAAUCGCAAACAAGAACAGAGGCAUGAGGUUAUUCAGAAACUGAUUGAACAACUGGGCCAAGGAAAAAGUUACUGGAACAGACUUCGUUUUUUAGAUACUUGUGAAUUCAUUAUGGAACUGUUUUCAAAAUCAUUCUUUUGUAAAUACUUCUUUUUACCUGUGCUUGAACUUACACAUGAUCCAGUGGCAAAUGUGAGAAUGAAGCUAUGCUAUUUGUUGCCAAAAGUUAAAUCUACUCUGAAGAUUCCCACUGAUAAACAUUUACUUCAGCAGUUGGAAUUAUGUAUAAGGAAACUUCUGUGUCAAGAGAAAGACAAAGAUGUCUUGACUAUUGUAAAAAGAACAGUGUUAGAAUUGGACAGAAUGGAGAUCUCUGUAGAUUCUGAACAAUUAGAAAAAGAGAAGCAGCAAACUGAAAAAAGAUCUACAAAUAUUAAUGAUAAAAUAUUUGAAAAGAAGCGUAGAGACAGUAAAGCAUCAUCAGUGUUGGCAAAAAGUAUCAAUCUCUCUGUUCCGGGAAGCUCUUCUGGUACAUCAGCAGGCAAAGAAGAAAAAAAAUCCAAGUUGGUUCGAAGCCAGUCUUUCAGUACUCAAGCACUGCAUCCAAAAUACAGCAACAUAGACAAGUGUCCUAAUAAAAGUUCUGCUACAAGAUAUACAUCUUCAAUAUCAGGAAUUGGAAAAAGCUGUAUGUUAUCCUUUAGUGAUGAUUCAUUCCGGGCUCUUUCUACUGGUAGUAGUGGGAAUGCUGCCUUCCUUUCUAGUCCUUCUUCUCACAACUUAUUUAGCUCAGCUGACCAAAAGAACAAUGGAAAUAAGGAGAGUCAGUCCCGAAGGAUGAGCAUAAAAAACAGAAAAUCAAACUCCUAGAUCAUCUGACAGAAAAAAAGAGGGAACCAGAGACUGGUGGAAGCAACGUUCUUGUGAGAUAAGUUGGGAGCAGCAGAUGGGACUCUCUAAUACCUGGAAUGAAUAAAAUACAUCCUGCAAUGUUAAAACUCUUAAGUAAAUUUUUUAAAUAAAAUUCCAAGCUGUAAAAUAUGUUCUGAUAAACAAUAUAAUGGUUGCAGAAUUGUGAAAUUAUAUGAAGUAUAACUUCAGCUAUGUGCUCUUUACUGCUGUAGCUAAAGUGAAGAUUUUGUUUUCUUCUAUUAUGCCUUUGUAGUUCAAAUUCUUGGAUUUAGAAUGCACAUACCCAUUAUUUAAUUGGCUUAUCUACAAUUUUAGCAACUCUUAGCACACAUGUUUUAUGCAAGUAAUAGAAGGAAUUGUUUAUGAAUAUGAAAAAGUAAUCCCACAUUUUAAAGAAUCUGAUUUAAGACCAAAGUCCAGAACCAUUCAUCGGUCUUUAAAAAAACCCAUAAACCUUAGAAGCAUUGUGCUGUGAAUUUGGAGUUAAUGCUUUUCCAAUUACUCAAUUCAUAAAAAUUCUGUGUAGGUUUCAAAGCAAUCUAAAAGCAAAUGUCUCCAGAUGAUGUAAAAAAAAGUUUUAUUUCAUAAGUUUUGUUGUAUAAAUACUUGUUUUAAUUUUUAGUAUUUCAGAUUGUAUUUUCACUUGAAUAAUUUAUAAUAAUGAAUCUAGUUUUUAAUCAGCUGUAAUUGCAAGCUAUCAUGGUUCAGUGAAGUCAUCUGCAUUUGUUUGUACUAAUGCUAAUGUUUCUAUCAAAAUUUAUCUGUGGAAAACCAUGCAAUCCUAUUUUAAAAAGUGCUAUUUAUGCCAGUACUUGAGAGGGAGCCUAUGAAGCUAUUGUCAGCUUCUCUAUUCCAAAAUGGAAGCAGCAUAACUAUAUUGAUAUCAGAAAUAUGUGGUUUUUAAGAUUUAUUGGUGUAUGAUAAAGAUCUGAUCUGUGUAUGCGUAUGCGCGUGUGGUUACUUUUUAUAAUGUAAAAACAUGAAUGAUGAUUUACUCAAAAUAAAACCUAGGACAAUGCUGUACAUGCAUGUUCUUGAAAAAAAUUCUCAGGGCAUCUUUUAUAAUUAAAAUAAAUAAAGGCAUUUACCCAUAGAGGGUAUUUAUUUAAAAUAGUAA